AUGGCCGAUCAACUUCAUAUCGCCAGCCUCGGAAGCUCCUUUGCCGCUGGCCCUGCAGGUGCAUUGAGCGCCAAGCUCACUGAUUUGACCUCAUCUGGAGCGACACUGCUCAAUAUCACAACGGAACAACAAUCCGCCCCAUUCUCAAAGACCACGUUCGCGCCACAAAUAUCGAAAAUACCCAACGACGUGGAUAUUAUUACUAUAACAGCCGGAGGAAAUGACCUUGGCUAUAUUGGCGAAGUUCUCAAGGAUACAUGGGAUAAUACCUUGGUGGGAAAAACCAUGAAUUUCUUUAUAUGUGCUAUCAACGCCAUCAAGGCCAUCGUCACUCGGGCCUUUAGAACCCCCAAGCAUGAACCGGCAGCGAGUACCAUUUCAAGCGAAGAAUUUAUCGACCGUAUGGGCGGCGUUAUCGAUGAAAUACACCAGAAAACUCCUAACGCUCAUAUCUUUCUCGUGGAGUAUCUGGCUCUCUUCGGCACUGAGACAACGCCCGGACGGGAUGUCGCGUUUGGCCAAGAAAGAAUUGAUCAUCACCGCAAUACUGCUUCUGGACUACAAUUCGCUUACGAGAAAGUGGCCUCCAGUCGAUCUGAAUGGUGUACCAGAGUGCCAAUGCACACUAUCAGUCAAAAUCAUGCACUUGGUAGCCAGGAGCCUUGGGUAGAAGGGCUUAGUAUGCGGUUGCUGUUCCAACGUGGUCCGAUGUUUCAUCCAAAUCUGAAAGGGAUGGAAGCUGUAGCUAGUGAGCUAGUGAAAAUGAUCAAAAAAGAUAAUUGA